AUGUUAUUUUGCAGCGAGUCGACAAUAUUCCAUGACCUCCUGCUCUUCUUCUCGGCUGUUCAUAAGAUCAACCAGAAUCCUAGACUCCUACCCAACAUCACCCUGGGCUACAACAUCUAUGAUAAUUUCCUCAAUGCAAGAGUAACAUAUGAGGUCAUGAUGGACUUGCUGUCUACAGGGCAGGAGCACGUCCCAAAUUACAGAUGUGGAAGACAAAAGAAUCUCCUGGCAGUUUUUGAAGAGACAGAUUCUGAACUCUUUGAUCAUAUUUCUACUGUCUUGGGCAUCUACAAAAUUCCACAGACAGUGCCUUCUUCUAGAUGUACAGAAAAUUGCUACCCAGGAUAUGCCAAGCUCAUGAAAGAAGGAGCACCUGUUUGCUGCCAUGACUGUUCUCUAUGUAUGGAAGGAACAUUCUCAGUGGAAGAAGAUGCAGCCCAUUGCAACAAGUGUCCAGAUGACCAGUAUUCCAAUGAGAAGAGAAAUAAGUGUAUCCCCAAAAGUAUAAGCUUCUUGUCCUAUGAAGAAACAUUGGGAUUCAUCCUGGCUUCCUUUACCCUUGCUUUCUCCUUAAUCACUGCCUUUGUUUUGGGAAUCUUCACUAAAUACAGAGAAACUCCCAUAGUCAAAGCCAACAACAGGGACCUGACCUAUAUUCUUCUGAUCGCUCUUCUCCUUUCCUUCUUGACCUCCCUUCUAUUCAUUGGACGCCCCAAGAAAGUGACCUGCCUUCUUCGACAAAGCAUCUUCAGUGUUGUUUUCUCAGUUGCUGUGUCUUCACUGCUGGCAAAGACCAUCAUGGUGGUGGUGGCAUUUUUGGCCACAAAGCCAGGCAGCAGGAUGAGGAAAUGGUUGGGAAAGACUCUGGCCAACUCUAUUGUUGUAUCCUGUUCUGGGAUUCAGGUGGGCAUCUGCAUGAUAUGGCUUGGAAUCUCUCCCCCAUUCCCAGACUCUGACAUGCAUUCCCAACCAGGGUAUAUCCUGCUGCAAUGUAAUGAAGGGUCAAUCAUCAUGUUCUAUAUUGCACUGGGUUACAUGGGCCUCCUGGCUGCAAUUUGCUUCUUGGUGGCUUUCCUAGCACGCAAGCUGCCAGGGACCUUCAAUGAAGCCAAGUUGAUCACCUUCAGCAUGUUGGUUUUCUGUAGUGUUUGGAUUUCCUUUGUCCCAACCUACCUGAGCACCAAAGGAAAAUACAUGAUGGCUGUGCAUAUCUUCUCCAUUCUGGCCUCCAGUCUGGGCUUAAUGGGCUGCAUCUUUGUUCCCAAAUGCUACAUCAUUAUCCUAAGACCUGACAUGAAUACCAAGGAGCACCUAACAGUGAAUUCUAAAAAGGGAACAUAA